AUGGCUCACAUCGCGCCCUUGGCCCAGCCGAUUACCCUCAAACUUUCCGGAAAGGUGAUCAAGAACCGUCUUUACCGCACUCCUCUCAGUGAAUACGCCUCGACCUACGACGAUGAGAACGUUGAAAAUUGCGAGCUUGCUGAUGGUGGCGCGGGCCUUAUUUGCACUGGAAACAUCCCAAUCCACCGUGAUAACCUUGAGAACUACAACAACGCCGUCCUCGAUAUCAACAAUCCCUGGGACCCGGUGGAAGCCUUCCGUCCUGCCGUGCAAGCAGCAAAAUCUCGAGGGGCACUGUUUCUCCCACAGUUGCAAUUCCCCGGCCGGCAGGUCCCCGAAUUUCUGAAUGCAAACCCAAAGUCCUCGUCGAGCGAGCAGUUGCCGCCUUGCUUGAACAAUACAUACGGGAAGCCGAGUCCAUUGACCAAGGCCGAUAUUGAGGAUUUGAAGAGGCGCUAUGUCUGGGCUGCACAGGUUCUAGCUAAAGCUGGAGCUGAUGGGAUUAUUUUGCAUGCUAGCCAUGGUUACAUCAUGCAGCAGUUCCUUUCUCCGUUAAUCAACAAGCGAACUGACGAGUACGGAGGACCUCUCGAAAAUCGCGCCCGUUUCAUCCUCGAGGUUGUGAACGCCGUCAAGGAGAAGCUUCCAUCGGAUAAAUUCGUCAUUGCUGCCAAGCUCAACUGUCAGGACUUCAUCGAGGGAGGUACAAGCUUUGCCGAACAAUGCGUCGUCAUCAAGUGGCUUGAAGACGCGGGUAUUGACUUCUUCGACAUAUCUGGCGGAACAUACGCUUCGCCUGCGUGGAGGGGAAACAUCAUGAGGGAGCUUACCGAGCGACCUUCGCAAAAGAAAAGAGGAAGCUAUUUCAUUGAAUGGGCUCAAGAGAUGAAGAAAGUAUUAUCGAGAGCCGUGAUCGGAACGACUGGGGGCUGGAGAGAUAGUCUUCGGAUGUCUGAGGCAGUUGAAAAUGGAGAUAUCGACAUGAUUGGCUUGGGCAGACCUCUUCGAGAGGAUCCGUUUUUUGUGAACAAAGUCCUUCGGGGUGAAGUCAGAAGGGGCAAUCUCUAA